AUGGAUUUCUUUAACCGUCCCUCCAAAGCUGCAGCCACGUCCACAGACAGCAGCAAGCCGGUGCACGUCGAGCGCCUGGUUCCCUGGGUCGAAAAAUACCGCCCCAAGAGCAUCGAGUCGGUAGCUGCGCAGGAGGAGGUUGUGCAGGUGCUGCGCAAGUCGCUGGAGACAAAGAACCUGCCGCAUCUGCUGUUCUAUGGGCCGCCGGGGACUGGCAAGACCUCGACGAUUCUGGCACUGGCCCGCGACAUGUACGGCCCGGAGGCCAUGAAGACACGCGUGCUGGAGCUGAACGCCUCAGAUGAGCGCGGUAUCGGCGUGGUGCGCGCCAAGGUCAAGGACUUUGCGCGCAGCGUGGUGUCCCCAGCCGACCCACAGUACCCGUCGCCGCCGUACAAGAUUGUAAUCCUGGAUGAGGCCGACUCCAUGACGGCAGAUGCCCAGGCAGCGCUGCGGCGGAUCAUGGAGAAGUACGCGCGUAUUACACGGUUCUGCCUUGUGUGCAAUUACGUGAGCCGCAUCAUCGAGCCGCUGGCUAGCCGGUGCGCCAAAUUCCGUUUCAAGAGUCUACCUAAGGAGCAGGCGGUCGCGCGCGUCUCCCUGGUGGCCGACAAGGAAAAUGUCAGUAUUGGCAAGCCGGCCGUCGAUGCACUGGUCACUGCGUCUGAGGGCGACUUGCGGCGCGCGAUCAUGUCGCUGCAGAGCGCGUCGCGUAUGGCUGCGCAGACUGAGAUUGACGAGCGGAUGGUGCGCGAGCUUGUGGGUGCUGUGCCGGACUCUGUCAUUGACGGGCUGCGCAGAGCCUGGAGCGGCCAGGAUACGGACUCGUGCAUUAGGGCUGUCGACGAGCUCGGCUUCAGCGGCUUCCCGGCGGCCCAGGUUCUCGCCCAGCUGCACGACCAGGCUAUGCAGGAUGAAGCACUGAGCUCGCUGCAGAAGGCAAAGCUGGCCGUGCUCAUGGCCAACGUCGACGUAGCCCUGUCUGAGGGCGCCGAUGAGCAGCUGCAGAUGUUGGAUCUGAUGAUGCAGGCAUCGCUGAUUGUCUCGAAGGCAUAG